GGAAGCUUCAUCCUUUCUCUCUUCGUCCUGUCAGAUAAACCAGUAAGCGUUUCCCCACUCUGCCGCUCAGAACAAACAGAACAUGCACGCUUUAACUGUUGCUACCUUCCGCCAAUAUUUUAGGAUCGAUGCUACAUUGCCAACGAGUGAGUCCCCUUCCCUGCAACAACGACCGAUAUGGGGUGCACACCUUCUGUGUCUGCGCUUGCAAGAAAGAAAAACAGCAACAAGUCCUCCAAUAUCCCCGAAAUUGCAAUAUUUGUCCCCUCCAUGCGUGUCCCGCUCCAAUCUGAUCUUCAGAGGCCGCUCAGAGGUCUAAUUCCCAAACAUCUCGCAGACAGAAUUGUUUCUCUUCGCAACCGGAUUGUCUUCAUUGCAGAGGACACUGGGGGAUCUGCUGUUACUGAAUUACAGAGAGCAAUGGAGGAUUACUUGCCUCUUCUACUUGGCCUCACCAAGAUAGAUCAUAGUUUUCAACCAGUACUGGAGUUUAAAUGGAAAAUUUUGGAGGAUGGGCGACAAGAAGUUUGCGUUGCCAAUUGCUGGUUUGAGAUACUGUGUGUCAUCCACAUGAUGGCAAUGUUGACAUUGACAGAGGCAAAUUCCAUGCUGAUUCCUAAACACCGCUUGGGUUCUUCUGAAAGACUCGUAUCUGCAGAUUGCGAUUGCAUGAGGGAUGCUGUUGAUUUACUGCUCAAGGCAUCCGGUUACUUGGAAUUUUGUGUUCGGAAUGUUCUUGUUCGGUUGCCACAUGAUAUUAAGCAGAGGUUCCCAGAAGACCUGCAGGAGGGUGUAUUGGAGGCGGUUUCCAUUCAAGCACUAGGCCAGGGAACUGAAAUACAGCUUGGUCUAGCUGCAGAAAGUCAAUAUGCUACCUUACCUGUGAAGAGGAGGUUGGCAUGUGAACAGCUGAGCUACUAUGGGCAGGCUCAUUACUGUUUGUCAGAAUGUGGCAUGGGCAAUGGAUAUGGAAACAAGCAUCUGUUGUUCAUCAAAUGGAAAUAUCUUGAAGCAAAGGCUGCAGCUUACUACUAUCAUGGCUUGAUCGUGGACAAAGGUAGUGAACCAUCCUGUCAUGUUAGUGCCGUGUGUUGCUUUCUAGCUGCAGAAGAACUACUUUCAGAAAGCAAGAAGGCCUGCUUAAGCUUUUGUCUUGCAGUUCCAGUUACGAGGGCUCCUCCACUCUGGGGUGUGAUGAAGCAUUUAAGUAAGAAAAUUCCAGAGGUAGCAUCAAAGAAGUCCCAGGUGCACGGCCACCUUUUAGAUCAAGAAAAGGGACUCCAAGUGUUACCUGAUCUUCCGGAGUUUCAGCUGUCACUGAGGCCGGACGACUACCAAUUGCCAGAGAUGGAUUCAGCAUGGGGAGGUGAAGAGUGGGAAAUCCCUACUCAACCUCUAAAAGACCAUCUUAAAGAUUGGGAAUUAGAUGAGACGGAGAAUUGAAUGUCACAAUAUUGUCCGAUUUCUUCCCAAUUGGAUAAGUGCAUUAUAGAAAAGAGAAAACGCGCGUGCACUUUGCAACAGGUUGCAAAAUUAACAUUCUUGUUGUAUAACCCCCAAAAGGUAAACGCUUGUUUAUUAUAAAAUCCUGCAACUCCUUUUUCCGGAAUGGUAAUAAAUAAAUAUUAUGUCAAAAUC